CGCCGUCGUACAAUUAGGCACCGUAAAUAUGCAUUCGAAAUCAGAAAACUAAAAUCACGACCAGGCUGGGAAAAGAGCAGCAGACGCCGAUUAUACGUAGAGAGAGGUGAACCAGAAGAAGUAGAGAGAAGCAGACGUGGAGCUCAGAGUUUCUGCCGCACUGAGACUUUUUAUUUGGUGUUAAGAGAGGAUGGCUAGUCCACACAGAUUAGCUUUGACUCCGGGAGCACCUGUAACUCCGGCACCGGGUUCUUCCGUCCGAGCUAGGGCUCUCACUUCGCCUCUUACGGAUGAAUUAAUUUGGAGGAAGCUUAGUGAAGCCGGAUUGGAUGAAGAAUCCAUCAAGCGCCGGGAUAAAGCUGCUCUCAUUGCAUAUAUUGCCAAAUUAGAAUCUGAGCUUUAUGACCAUCAGCAUCAUAUGGGAUUGCUUAUCCUGGAAAGGAAACAAUGGGAAUCCAAAUACGAGCAAUUGAUGGCCACAUCUGACUCAGCUCAGUUACUGUAUAAGCGAGAACAGGCUGCACGCAUGACAGACUUGGCAGAGGCCAAGAAGCGAGAAGAGAAUCUGAAAAGGGCUCUUGGAAUUGAGAAAGAAUGUGUUGCAAAUAUUGAGAAGGCGUUACAUGAGAUGCGUACUGAGUAUGCCGAGGCAAAAGUUGCAGCAGAGACUCAAUUGGCCGAAGCUCGACGUUUGAUGGAGGAUGCUCAGAAGAAAUACACAGAGGCAGAAUCAAAGAUGUGCAUGGCAGAAUCUUUGGAAACAGAAGCCAGACGGUUUCGUAGCACUGCACAAAGAAAAUUGAAUGAAGUUGAAGCCCGUGAAGAUGACCUAAGAAGACAAAUAUUAGCAUUCAAGGCUGAUUGUGACUCAAAAGAGAGGGAGAUGGACCUUGAGAGACAAUCACUGUUAGAAAGAAAAAAAGUUCUACAACAGUCACAACAAAGCUUACUUGAUGGGCAGGCGUUGCUCAACCAAAGAGAAGAUCACAUCCUCAAUGGAUCUCAAGAAUUGAGCAAGUUUGAGAAAGAGUUAGAGGAUGCAAAGUUAAACAUAGAAAGUGACCGUAAAGCCCUAGUUGAGGAAAGGCGCAAACUGGAACUAAAAGCAGUAUCUUUGUCCAAUAGAGAAGAGCAAGCUAUUAAGAGAGAGUGUAACCUCAAACAGAAAGAGGAAUCACUACUCCUUUUACAGGGAAAGCUUGAAAGUAGAGAGUCUGACGGUGCCAAAAAAGUUAUGGCUGAUCAGGAAGCUGCUUUAGUUACAAAGAAAUGCACAUUGGAGGCAGAGUUAGAGAUGAAAUGCAAAUUGGUGGAAGAGGAAAUAGAAGCCAAAAAGCGGGUAUGGGAGUUGAAAGAAAUGGAUAUCAAGCAGCGAGAAGACCUGAUUGCUGACCAGGAACACGACAUCGACAUGCAGCUGAGACGAUUGGCAGAAAAAGAGAGGGAAAUGGAUGAGAUGUCACAUUUGCUGUUUGAGAGAGAGAAAAAACUUGCAGUUUCUGAAAGUGAAUUAGAAUCUCAGAUGACCUGUAUGCAGCAUGAUAAGAAAGAAGUUGAGCGCAUAAAGAAUGAUCUCCAAAGGUCUUUGGACGAACUUGAGCGGAAAAAAGAAUAUAUUAUUCAUGAGGAAGAGCAAGUGGAGACCAUGAAAAGCGAAACGAAAGAACUCAUAAGUCUAGAAAUGAGAUUGAAAGAAGAGAUUGAUUUGAUUAGGGCUCAGAAGUCCGAACUUGAUGACAUGGCGGAGCAACUGAAAGCUGAGAAAGCUAAGUUUGAAACGGAGUGGGAGUAUAUUGACGAGAAAAGAGCUGAACUGCAGAAGGAAGCAAACCAUAUUGCUGAGGAGAGGUUAGCCAUUUCUAUGUUGCUUAAAGAAGAGCGAGAUAUUCUGAAAGCAGAGAAGAAUGCUAUCCAAGAGAAAUACAAACAUGAUCUGGACUCACUUUCCCAUGAUCGUGAAGUGUUUAGACGUGAAGUUGAGCGUGAACGUGAAGAAUGGUUCGAAAAGAUCCAGCAAGAACGGUCAGACUUCAUGCUUGAUUUUGAGAUGAGGAAGAAGGAACUGGAGAAUUGUGUUGAGAAGAGGCGUGAAGAGAUUGAGAGUGACUUUAAGGGUAGAGAGAAGGCCUUUGAGGAAGAAAAAAAGAAAGAGCUCGAGUCCAUCUCAUCCUUGCGGGAUAUUGCUCUAAAGGAGAUGGAAUAUGCUCAACUUGAAUUGCAAAGGCUUGAGGCAGAGAGAAAAGUGAUUAACUCAGAUCGUGAGAAAAGGGACAAAGAAUGGGCGGAGCUAGAUAAUUCUAUAGAACAACUCAAGGUGCAAAGGCUGAAGUUAGAGAAACAAAGGGAACUCCUUCAUGCCGACAGGGAGGAGAUACUUUCUCAGAUUGAGUGUCUAAUGAAAUUAGAGGAAAUUAAAGAGAUUCCAGACCGUAUCCUUAUUCCCGCCAAACAACAUCAUUCUCGUGUGAAAUCUGAUGAACCGAAAGUUUCUAGGAAGAAAGUUUUGAAACAACAAAAUGAAUACGAUUUUGGCGUCAGCGGACACGUUAACAAUGGUGGAGAGUUGGAAAAUCCAUCUUCUCCCCUUUCUACCCCUUUCUCAUGGCUUAAGAGAUGUGCUGAUACAAUUCUUGAUCGGGGACAGAGCAACAAGAGGAGAAGAGAGGAUAAUGAUUUUGCAUCUCAAUCACAUGAUGUUAUAACGCCUUGCUCUCAGGAAACAGAAUCAGAUGAAGCAUAUACUGAAAAUCCAGAUAUAGAAUUUGAAAGAAUCCCAGUUUGCAUGGAGGAGGAGACCACUGUGUUCGUAGAUAAAAUGGUUACAGUUCGAGAAGUAACUACACUCGAUGUCAAACAAGUUGCAGGGGACACACAACAGGGGGUUUUGCUUUUGCCAAUGAAGAGUGAUUUUAAGGGCGAGUGCAAUAAUGAGAAUGGGCACUUAGAUACAAAUGGAAGGCUUGAAAUAUUAUAGAUAGAUGUAGGUAUGCAAUCUCUCCAAUAGAAAUCCAGCAUUAAUCUCUUUCUCUACAAAUUAUUAUUUCGGUAUGUUUUAUUUUUUCAGAUCUAAUUACUAAUUCAACUUUUGAGGUCGAAGGAUAUUGUAUAGAGUAGCGGGUGCAAUGUUACUGUGCAUGCUGACCAGUUUAUGCACCUGAACAUCUAAAUCAUUCAUCUGUAAAGUUUCUGUGGCCUGUGUAGUGUUAGGAGUGGUGGUUGGGUGUUGUGAAGUUUGUUGUGUGGUUAUUUCUAUAUAUGCAGUGUGGUUUUGCCUACUUAACUAUCUUGUUAUUGGGUUUUUCAGAAUUUAGCUAUCAAAUAUUAUGUAUAAUACACUGCAUGGUUUUAGUUUUUGAUUGUCUUUUUCCAAAAUAUUCAAUGAUAUAGUAAUUUUUAUAUGUUGGAUGCCUU